GGACCCGCCCAGGAAGUAGACAGGUUUUGACGAGAAUGGCUCGGUGUAGAAGUUGUGAAAGAGAGAAAGAAUGCACGUUGUUGUUCGGAAAUGCAGUGCUACCAGUGCGUCGGUUUAACACAAGUUAACUGCCAGAUAUUCCAAGCAAAAAUGAAAUCCUAAACACCUGGGGAAACCUGUUAGAAUGACAAUUACAGAACGAGCCGGGUGAUAUAUUUCACCCAGCAUUGCAAUGUCAACGCGGAGCAACCAACCUGCAGAACGCCUGACAGUGCCACCUUAAAUUCCCGCUUUAUUGUCGAUCCAACAUUUGACUAAUCAUUAUUUCGCUAUGCUAUGUUUUGCUCCUCUUUCAUCUUCUGUCUGACGGACCUGGUCCUACAAACAUGACGCCUGACCUCCUUAACUUUAAGAAGGGAUGGAUGUCGAAGCUGGAUGAGGAUGGAGAGUGGAGGAAGCACUGGUUUGUGCUAACAGACACCAGCCUGAGGUACUACAGAGAUUCAGAGGCAGAGGAGAAAGAUGAUCUGGAUGGAGAGAUCAGCCUGCUGUACUGUGUGAAGGUUUCUGAGUGUGAUGUGGAUAAGAACUAUGGUUUUCAGAUAGAGACACAAGAGGCAGUGUUCACUCUGUCAGCGGUGACCUCAGGAAUCAGGAAGAACUGGGUUGAAGUCAUUACGAAGACUGUACUGCCAUGCAGCUCCCCUGACAUCACACAGCGAUCCCGGGGUGGCCCGGGUCAAGGCGACCCCCUGCACGCCCCGCCGCCCAACGCCGUCCGCGCGAGGGCGACUUGGGGAAGGGCCCGUGACAGCGCGACAGCAGAGCGGCCUGGAGGGAGCAGCAGCCGCGGCCAGGAGGGGAAACUCGAGAAGGGCAGGCCGCCCAGCAGCCCUGGGAGCGCCGUGGGCUGGUUAGAGGAGGACGUCGAGAAGAGGUGGGCGGAGUUUGAGAGGCGGCCCCUGAGGGAGGCGGAGUCACCACCACUGAUGGUAACCCUUGGAGACCAUCCAGAUGAUGAGGCGCUGCAGAGAGAGGUGGAGACUCUAAGGCAGCAGCUGGCAGGUCUGCAGAGUGAUGGAGACGUGGUGGAGUGUGGACAGUGUGGCCCGGGGGCCGACUGGGGCCGGAGCCUGGAGGUGAUGGAGAGGGCCCACAGACAGGCGCUGGAGGAGCUGCAGCAGCGGCACGACCAGGAGCUGAGGGAGCUGCAGAGAGAGAAGGAGAGGCUGCUCCGCGAGGAGACUCAGGCGACUGCCCAAGCGAUGGAGGCAUUGAAGAAGGCGCACAGGGAGGAGCUGGAGCGGGAGAUAGAGAUAGAGCAGCUGGGGCGAUGCGGGCCACAGACUCACAAGAGCACAGUGGUCUCACAAGCAGCCUACACACUAGUCUGUUUGUGUGUGUGCGUGCAUAUGCGUGUUUGUAUGAGAGUUUGUGUGCACACGCGUGCGUAUCCGCUCUGUACGGAGUGUGUUUCUCUGUGCCGUCCCCUCAGGUCAGAGACCCUGGGCCUGCAGAGGGAGCUGGACGACCUGUCCGAGAGGUACUCCCAGAAGUGCCUGGAGCUCAACAGGGCUGAGCAGAGCAACGCAGAGCGGGAGAGGGAGAUCAGCCGCCGGGAGAGAGAGAUGGCCCAGCUGCGGAGGGAGAACCAGGAGCUGGAGUCUCGUCUGAAGGAUGAGAUUAGUCACGUGAGCCCUUUCAUCACCGGUCAGGGGUCAGGGGUCAGUGUCUCCCUCAGCAGCCAUGAACUCAGUUCCUGUGACCUGGAGAUGCUACUGCGAGUUAAAGAGAACGAGCUGCAGUACCUACACAGGGAGGUUAGCUGCCUGAGGGAUGAACUACAUUCUCUCAUUAAGGAGAAGCGGUCGGCGUGCGACCGAUACAAGGAGGUGUACACGGAGCUGGGCCGGAUGAAGAGCCGCAGCGAGCAGGAGAUCGAGGCCCUGAAGGAGCACCUGAAACUGGCCAUGGCCGCUCUGCAGGAGGGGCAGCAGCUGGAGAACAAUCUGGAACACUGAGACGGGUGGGGGUGGGGGUGGGGGUGGGGGUGGGGGGGGGGGAGGGGGAGGGGGAGGGGGAGGGGGAGGAGGAGGGGAGGAGGGGAGGAGGAGGGGAGGGGAGGGGGUGCGUGCCGGGGAGUGACUGACAGAGAACAGAGGUUUUUUAAAAAAAAAAAUUAAGAUAAUAUAUUCAUCGUUUCUGUUUUGGUUCCAAUUUAAAGCCUGUUGUCGUAGUUAGCCUGGCAGAAAGACCACCUCACCAGAUUGGAGCAAGAUCCUCAAAGACGAGAAAACACCCUUAAAAAUAAAUGAGUAUUGAUUGUAUCAGCAUAACAAGCACAGAUUCAGCCUUUCCAUGGCAUAUAACAGAGCAGCGCUAUGUUAGAAAUCUAGAUGUAAGAUUUUUUUAUGCUUCAGAGCCAUUGCAGUUUUUAUCGUUUUUAUCUAGCAGCAGUAACCCACUUCCAAAACAUUUUUGCACGGUACUGUCAGAAAUGUAUAAGUGUACUGUGUGCAUACACCGUAAGGGACAGCUAUUUAUACCAGGAAAUAGUUUCUGUUUCACUCAUUAUUUAAAUGCUGGGUGUUCUGCACUUCCUUUUGAAUGAAAGCAGCUCUAGUUCAUACUGGAACAAGGACUACUUCCUGCUUCAUAAUAAGUUCAUGGAGUUGAGGAUAGAGGCUCAACAGAGGCCUGAUAUUUUGGAUUUACUGUAAAAUGGAUUUAAUAAUAAAUAAAAAUGGUUGCUGUAUACAGUGAAAGGCAUUUACUUUACAGCUUGGAUCUCGUAUACAAAAAUUAUGUCAUAAUAGAAUAAACUGUAAGAGACCUACCAGUUCCAAAUUUAUGUAAACAAAUAAUUUCAUGGUACCAGAAAAGCUAUGAAUUCAUAAGUAAUUUCACUUUUAGCUAACCUGUUUGAUUUAUCAUUUCAUUAUUUAUUUUAUUAUUAAACUACUAUUAUGACUUUUUUACUCUC